CAAGUUACUGCUAAUUUUUCUUGUCGUUAGUAAGUUCCUAUUGGAAAAGAAACUUCCGGUUCCAGAAAUGAAAAUGGAGAUUUGUUGAAGAUAAUGCAUAAUAAGAGUUAACGAUUCCAAGAAGAAAGACUGAAAUGGCAAUGGCCACCAAGCUGUUGGCUAGGAAGAGAGUGGUGACUUACCUGCCAAAUCUCAGUAGUGCCGUAAAGUAUGUAAGAGCCUUCUGUGUUGGAAAUGGCAGCAGCAAACCAAGCCAGGAUGAAUUUGUUCCUGAGGAUGUGGCUUUAGACCUAGGACCAUUUGGACCUCAGAAUAAAAGAUUUCCACUUCCAGGAUCUAUUGGACCAAAAUUUGAAAAGUCACCUCAACCUGUAGUUAGCAGAAGUACACCAGAAGUUGAUGUUGUUAAACCGUUUCUGGAAAACCAGCCUGAAUAUCGAUAUUGUAAUGUGCUGGAGCAGAUGGUUUUGUCUCAGGAAGAAGACGGUUUUAUGACAGAAGAUUCCCAUAUUCCUCUUCCAUCAGACAGACUGGAAUAUAUUGCCCAGGAAUGUCCCGACAUCAUGAAAGUGGAUUUUAAAAACCUUUUCCCUGGUCGUGACAUAAUGAAUGGUACUCUGACACUUGUGACAAUCAGUCAAAGGACAGACAAUGAUAUGAGUAUGUGGAAUACAGAUGUGGACGAAGAAAGGGAGGCACUGUUGGCAGCUUUUAUUCAGGGUGCAAAGGAGAUUUGUGAAGCUCUGGAGAGUGGAGGUUACUGGGCGGAUUUUAUAGAUCCUUCGUGUGGAAAACCAUUCCUUGGUCCUCACACAAAUGCCACACUGUUUGAAACUGAUGAAGCAUAUCGUAAAUUAGGAUUUGAAAUAGAAGAUUUAGGGUGCUGCAAAGUUAUAAGGCACCAUUUAUGGGGAACAAAAUGCUAUGUAGGAUGUUUGUUUACCAAUGCACCCCUCUCACACCCGAUCAUAGAGGUGAUGACAGACUCCUAGCGAUGGCAACCCUGCCAUGUCUUUCAGGUGUGGUGUAACAGUGUACAGACAACCUGUUGAUGUUAACACACAAUCAACUUUUUUUUCUGACAUGAAAUUUAA